UCUUUUAUCAAUGGACUUUGUAAAACAAGCUUGCGUAACUUCAUAAUUCAGCAGCCAACAUAAACACAAACACGCUGCCUCCGAUAGUUUUUCUGUGUAGUUAACAACUUCGUGUAGCCUAUACGCUACCCCAGCCUAGUAACUCUAUUUGUAGUCUGAUAAAACCAAAGACGCCUGAUUUACACACAGCCUUACAGGGCUCAAGAAUUAUGGCCGUAUUCGAGGUCUUCAACUCCGUGAUUAGCCAGUGGAUUGACACCCAAGGGGUUCUACUCUUCCUAUUGGUUCUGUUAGUGGUGAAGUAUUUAAACAACCUUCCUCCAAAGAACUACCCUCCUGGCCCUUUGCCCCUCCCUUUUAUUGGAAACGUUCUCAAUAUCAACAUCAUGGACCCAAUUGGAUCCUGUAAGAAGCUUGCAGUAACCUACGGAGAUGUGUCCAGCCUCGACCUGGGCGGAGGAAACCCCUGUGUGCUCCUUUCAGGCCUGAAAGGUUUCAGAGAGGCCUUCGUAGAGCAGGCAGAGGCCUUCACCGAUCGCCCCUCUUACCCCCUGAACGACAGGCUCAGCAAAGGUCUAGGCCUCGUCUCCUCCAGUGGACACAUGUGGAGGCAGCAGAGACGAUUCGCCCUGUCCACACUCAAGUACUUUGGUGUGGGCAAGAAAACCCUGGAAGACUCCAUCCUUCAGGAGAGCCAGCUUCUGUGUGACGCUUACCUGGCAAAGAGAGGCCUGCCUUUCAACCCUCAUCACGUAACCAACAAUGCUGUGGCCAACAUAAUAUGUACCCUAGUUUUUGGCCGCAGGUUUGAAUACAAUGACCAGUACUUUCAUCACAUGAUGAAGUGCGCCGAUGAUGUUCUACAACUUCCUGCUACGUUCUGUGGUCGGAUGUAUAACCAGUUCCCCACGGUGAUGUCCUACCUACCUGGCAAACACCAUACUGUCUUCGCCCAACUCCAAGAGGUCAAAGAGUUCAUCAGAGCAGAGGUGGAGAAGCACAGGGAGGAUAAGAACCCCUCCGACCCCAGGGACUACAUCGACUGUUACCUCAACGAGAUAGAGAAGAAUAAAGACGAGAGCGCUGGCUUCACUGAGGAGAAUCUCCUCUUCUGUGUGGUGGAUCUGUUCGGGGCCGGGACCGAAACCACAUCUACCACCCUCCGCUGGGCAAUCCUCUACAUGACCAAAUACCCAGAGAUACAAGACAAAGUCCACGCAGAGAUUGAUCAUGUCGUAGGACAGUCUCGCCAGCCCUCCAUGGACGACAGAGUCAAAAUGCCGUAUACCUACGCUGUCAUCCACGAGAUCCAGAGGUUUGGUAACAUUGUCCCCUUCACUCCCCCCAGAGUGGCCAACAAGGACACAACUGUGGCUGGGUAUGUCAUCCCAAAGGGGGUGAUGAUUUUGCCGUUGUUGAAACCUAUACUAGAAGACAGGAGUGAGUAUGCUGCUCCUGAUCAGUUUAAUCCUGGACAUUUCCUGGAUGACAAGGGGCACUUUGUCAAAAGAGAUAAUUUCAUCCCUUUUUCGAUAGGUAAGAGAAUGUGUCCAGGUGAGCAGCUGGCCAGGAUGGAGCUGUUCCUGUUCUUCACCUCCCUGUUCCAGCGCUUCUCCUUCCAGGCCCCAGACGGCUGCCAGCUAGACCUGACAAGCGAAUUGGGCAUCACCAGCGGACCUGUGCCCUACAAGAUCUGUGCCCUAGCUCGAUAA